AAAGCACAGAUUACGAAUCACAGCUGAUAAUGCAUGAGAGCACUCACACUGGCGAGGAGGCCUACCAGUGUCCUCGAAGCAGCAAAAGCUUUAGCAAGAACAUCACCCUGAUGAAACACCAGAGGAUUCACACAGGACAGAAACCGUAUAAGUGCCCAGAUUGUGGGAAAACCUUCAGUCAGAAUUCCAAACUUGUAAUACACCAGAGGACUCACACAGGAGAGAAACCGUAUAAGUGUCUAGAUUGUGGGAAAGAUUUCAGUCGGAAUUCUGAUCUUGUGAUGCACCACAGGACACACACAGGAGAGAAACCGUAUGAGUGUCUGGAUUGUGGGAAAAGUUUCAGUCAGAAUUCCAACCUUGUGAUACACCAGAGGACUCACACAGGAGAGAAACCAUAUGAGUGUCUGGAUUGUGGGAAAGAUUUCAGUCGGAAUUCUGAUCUUGUGAUGCACCACAGGACACACACAGGAGAGAAACCGUAUGAGUGUCUGGAAUGUGGGAAAAGUUUCAGUUGGAAGUCCAACCUUGUGAGACACCAGAGGACUCACACAGGAGAGAAACCAUAUGAGUGUCUGGAUUGUGGGAAAAGUUUCAGUCGGAAAUCGGAAAUGGUAAAACACCAGAGGAGUCACAGAGGAGAGAAACCGUAUGAGUGCCCGGAUUGUGGGAAAAGUUUCUGUUUGAAGUCCGACCUGGUGAUACAUCAGAGGACUCACACAGGAGAGAAACCAUAUGAGUGUCUGGAUUGUGGGAAAAGUUUCAGUCGGAAGUCUGAAAUGGUAAAACACCAGAGGACUCACACAGGAGAGAAACCAUAUGUGUGCCUGGAGUGUGGGAAACGUUUUAUUCAGAAUUCCCACCUGGUGAUACACCAGAGGACUCACACAGGAGAGAAACCGUAUGUUUGUCUGGAUUGUGGGAAAGGUUUCAGUCAGAAUUCCCACCUGGUGGUACACCAGAGGACUCAUACAGGAGAGAAACCAUAUCAGUGUACAGAUUGCGGGAAAACUUUCAGUGGGAAUUCUGGACUGGUGAUACACCAGAGAACUCACACAGGAGAGAAACCAUAUCAGUGUACAGAUUGCGGGAAAUGUUUCAGUCGGAAUUCCCACCUGGUGAUUCACCAGAGGACUCACACAGGAGAGAAACCGUAUCAGUGUCUGGAUUGUGGGAAACGUUUCAGUGUGAAUUCUGACCUGGUGAUACACCAGAGGACUCACACAGGAGAGAAACCGUAUGAAUGUCCGGAUUGUGGGAAAAGUUUCAGUCGGAAUUCCCACCUGGUGAAACACCGGAGGACUCAUACAGGAGAGAAACUUUACGGAUGUCCAGAUUGUGGGAAAAGUUUCAGUCAGAAUUCCAGCCUGGUCAUACUCCAGAGGACUCACACAGGAGAGAAACCGUAUGAGUGUCUGGAAUGUGGGAAAAGUUUCUGUUUUAAGUCCAAUCUGGUAAUACAUCAGAGGACUCACACAGGAGAGAAACCCUAUGAAUGUCCAGACUGUGGGAAGAGUUUCAGUCAGAAUUCCAGCCUGGUGAAACACCAGAGAACUCACACAGGGGAGAAACCGUAUGAGUGUCCAGAUUGUGGAAAAAGUUUCAGUCAGAAUUGUCACCUGGUGAUACACCAGAGGACUCACACAGGAGAGAAACCGUAUGAGUGUCCGGAUUGUGGGAAAGAUUUCAGUCGGAAUUCCGAUCUGGUGAUGCACCAGAGGACUCACACAGGAGAGAAACCAUAUGAGUGUUCGGAUUGUGGGAAAGAUUUCAGUCGGAGUUCUGAUCUGGUGGUGCACCAGAGAACUCACACAGGAGAGAAACCGUAUGAAUGUCCGGAUUGUGGGAAAGAUUUCAGUGUUAGGUCUAGCCUUAUAAAUCAUGUAGGUUUACACAUAGGAGAGAAACCAUUCAAAUGCCCAGACUGUGGAAGGUGCUUCACAAACAAUUCCUAUCUUAGCAGACACAAGAAAAUGCACAUGAGGCAGAAGAUGCUAGGUGUAGAGAAGGCUUGAAUUUCACUUCUCAUCUCCCAUUGGACAUCCAGCUAAAA